UGUGUGUGUGUGCGCGCGCGCGCGCGUGCUCUCACUGUGCUGUAAAGGGUACCAGUGAUGGCUGAGAGGAAAAAAUAACCAUAGCACAGGAAAUGAAAUGUAAAGUCAGCUGUGUUUAGCAUUCAUGUGGAGAGACUCGCCUCCCAGAUUUGUCAUUUGAUGUUAAGUUCAGAAUCAGAAUCCUCUUUAUUUACCAAGUAUGUCAAAAGCACACAAGGAAUUUGUCUCCGGUAGUUGGAGCCGCUCCAGUACGACAAUAGACAGCCAUUUUGACAGAAAAAUACUUCCGAGACAUAAAAAACACACAACAGAGAGUCACUUAGCCUCUAGCAAUUUAAUGGCAAGAGGGAAGAAGCUGUUGGAUUGUCUGCUUGUUUUAGUUUGCAUUGAUCGAUAGCGCCUACCUGAGGGAAGGAGCUGGAAGAGGUGGUGACCAGGAUGUGGAGGUCCCAAGAGGAUUUUGCACGCUCUUGUAAGUUAAGUUUUACUUUAAGGGUACAAUGGUUAAGAAUGUUACAAAAAAUUGUAAUGCAGGAAGUUGUCUUCAGCAUGCCAUGCCAAUAUCAUCAAUGGGAUGUGUAGUUGCAAUUUAUUUUAGUAUUAAAUUGACUUGUUAAACAGCGGUUAAUUUAUUUAUUUUUAAAAGAACAAUGCAGAAAGUCGACAUAACAUGCCAAUGUCAUUAAUGGGGUGAGUCAUUUAGUUUUUGUCAUACAGCAGCAAACUUACUCUCAUGUAUAUCACAUUUAACAUGUUAUUUAUACCCUUGCCUGUACACAUAAUAAAGGUUCAAUUCAUUCUUCCAUUAUUUUCUAUCAGGAAAAUUUGUACGGCAGUAUGAAUACACGAGAUGUAGGUUUUCAUUUUUCUGUAGCUUGUAUUAAAAAUUUAGUGUUUUGAAUUUAAAACUACUAGACUGGCAUUUUAUAAGGGCGGGCCAGAUGACGUCACAGAGAGAGAGCGAGCACAAACGAAGAGGAGGAGGAGGAGGACUACUUUGCAUCCAUCAAUCCAUCUCUUCUGGCUAAUGAGAAUUCAAACAUCUCUGAGUGGUCGAGCCUGGACGAGGAAGCCAAACAAGAGGCCGGUGAGCGAGGGAGCAGGAGCCUGGUGCUGAGGCUGGUAUGAGAGAAGAAGAUUGUCAAGCCGUCUGGGUGUGAGCAACCACCCGCCAGUGGAGCCGCUUUUCCUGCGAAACAUCAGUUUCCUUUAAAUCAUCAGCGUUCUAAGAGGCGUGGAGUGGAGACCAUGUGGUGUUUGAAGCUGCUCUUACCGUUACUGCUAAUCGUCAAUGACGUCAGCUCCCAGUGGAACGUUUGGGUACCGCGGGACAUCUCGGCCAUGACCAACACCUGCGUGGUCAUCCCAUGCACCUUCAUGUACCCGUCGGGCAUCAGGCCGUACCGCGGCGUCCACGGCAUCUGGUAUUACGGCCAGCCCUACCCGCAGCUCUUCCCGCCGGUGGUGUUCAAAACACGCACGGAUGUGGUGCACGAGAGCUACAAGGGUCGCACCAAGAUGCUGGGCGACCUGCAGCAGAGGAACUGCACGCUGCUCAUCAACAGCCUUGGCCCAGAGCACUCGGGGAGAUAUUACUUUCGCGCUGACCUUGGUGGGGCCAAUAUAUACACCUUUCCGGACUUUGCUGAGCUUAAGGUUCUGGAACAACCCAACAUCGACGUCCCGGAGGAGAUCGUGAGCGACGAGAGCCUGACGUUAACGUGCUACGCUCCCGACAACUGCCCAGACAUGAGCCCCGAGAUCGAGUGGAUGUACACGGACUACCUGCCUGACCCCGAGUUCAGCUCCGACUACCAGGAGGAGGGCAACACGGUCGUGCUCUCCCGCACCCUGGUGUUCACCCCCAGGCCGGCGCACAACGGCCAGCUGCUGGGCUGCCGGAUUUACUACCCGAACACCACGCUGGUCUAUGAGAGGCUUGUCUCUCUGGACAUUAAGUAUGCUCCCCGUUCAGUGUGGGUGAACGUCUCCUCGGAGGUGAUGGAGGGCAGCUCUGUGACGUUGCACUGCGAGGUGGACAGCAACCCCCCUCCCAGGAUCUCCUGGAGGUUCGGAGCCCAGGAGCUGCUGUGGGACACCGCGUCCAACCUGUCGCUCACCGUGGACGACAUGACGCCGGCGGAGGAGGGCGUGUACACCUGCGUCGGCGAUAACGGCUACGGCACCAUGAAUACGUCGCUCUACUUGGCCGUCAAGUACCCUCCCCGCGAGCCCGUCGUCAACGACACCCUGACCGUGCUCGAGGGCGCCUCGCUGAUGCUGCACUGCAGCACUCAGGGCAGCCCGCCGCCCACCCUCACCUGGCUGAAGGACGGCGAGCUGGUGGGCACAAUCACUGCUGAUGAGCUGUCCGUGCUGGAGAUUGAGAGCAUCACGCCGCAGGGCGACGGCCAGUACCGCUGCCUGGCCGAGAACGAGCACGGCCGGGCCAGCAGCUCCCUGAACAUCACCGUGGAGUAUGCUCCCGUCCUUCUGGACGAGUCCAAAUGCACGGUGGUGCGGGAGGGCGUCCAGUGCGUCUGCAUAGCUACGGGAAACCCCGAGCCCACCAUCGAAUUCUACCUGCCCGACUUGAACGUCACCAUCAACGAGACGGAGGGCCGCUACAACUUCUACACACACACGGAUGGACAGACGUCCACGGGUAUGAUCAAACUGCGGGAGAAGGGUGAGCGGGCCAGCAACGACGGUCCCGCAGUCAACGUCCACUGCAGCAUCUCCAACAUAUACGGGAGAGAAAGCGUCCUCCUGGAGCUGCAGCAGGAGAAGAAGUACCUGAUGGCAGUCAUCGUGGGAACAAUCGGUGGUGUGGCGGUCAUUGCCUUCAUCAUCGCGGCAGUGAGAUACGUGGGCCACAACAACAAGAAAGAGAAUGGCUUUCCUAGGCAGGACGUGGUCCUGGAGAACCCCGCUUUGUACUACAGCGCAGUCAAGAAGGACAAACAAAAUCUGAGGAAGAAAGUGGUGAGACAUGCCGAUGACUGUCACGAUGACGCUAAGGAGAAGACGGGGAUUUCCAACCUGCAGGCUCUCUGGCAGGCAUGGAGAGGCAAGAGCUGAACUACGCCGCCCUGGAGUUGAGUGGGCCCAGGGAGGGGCUCUCAGGGAGGGGGGACGAUGGCAGCAGCUACGCCGAAAUCAAGGCCAAAUGAAGCGCAAUCCUUCCCUGAUGCCUCGGCCGUGCGAGACGCAGUUGCAACCAACGCAACCCCCCCCCCCCCACCCCCUCUUUUUUUCUUUUUCUUUCUUUCUUUUGGUCAGAUUUUCACGCGUGAGUGCUAAACAUUUCUCCACGGAGCAAGACCCACUGGAAAAAUGUAUUGGGAUUCAUUGCUAGUUGUUUUUACCCACGUUUUUGUCUCUACUCGGGUGUAACGGUAUGCCAAAAAUCACAAUACAGGGGGUCCUCGGUCCCAACAUACAAGUUUUUGAGGUUACACACUUUAAAUUAGUGCAGGAAUGACUGAUUUUCUGUUGAUCGUUUUAUAUUUAUGGCCUACAAGUGUUUUUCAUACAAAAUAUACUUUAUGACUUUCUUACUGCAUUCGUGUAGGUUAGUGAUAGACUACAGUGCGUUCCAUUUUACGUUCAAAUUUGGAUUACAUCGCCGCUGGAAGAACAGACCUCGAUCAUAAAACCAAGGACCCCCUUGACGGUUCGGUUCACGUUGGGCUACAGUAAGGGAAUAAAACAUAACUGAUUUCUUCUUUUGUGUAAACACAUUUAAUGAAUUUUUUUAUGCUAGUGGUAAAUUCACUUAUAAAUGAAAGAUUCUAAAACAAAAUCAUGUAUAAAAGAACAUCAUUUAUAACUUAGAUUAAUUAUUUUCUUCUUUGGAAAGUGCAACAGUGACAGUUUGAACUAGGAGUGUAACAGUACGCCAAAAAUCAUGUUUGGGUGCGUACCUUGGUUUUAAGGUUGUGGUUUGGAUCACAUUGGAUACAGUAAGUGAACAAAAUGCAGACAGAAAACUGAUUUCUUCUUCUUUUGAGUGAACAAGAACAGAUUUUGACCAUAAUAAAAAUGUCAAUGAGCUAGCUGUAAAUUCUCAAGUAAAUCCUCAGAUACUGUGUGUAAUAAAAUACAAAUACAUAUUUAAAAAAAACUUUUUUUUUUUUUUUUUUUAAAGAAAUCUUUUCUUUUUAGGAAAAUAAAACAUGAACACUGAUUUUCUGUUUGUUUUUCAGGUAUUCCUUAGCAGUUAGCGUAGCUUCUGUUUUCUUUCACUCUUCCUCACUCUUGUGUGGCAUGUUCAGCUACUCCUCGACCUUGUUUUGCUAUAAUGAUACUUGCACUAGGUGUAGUUUUAUUGGACGUUAUGGAGUUGAGCACUAGUAGCUCAGCAGAGCACUUAUCGUAGGACUUGGCAUUCUCUCAGCAGAUCCUGAGCUACUGGGAAAUCAGUGAGGCUGGGUGACUGAAGUUUGAUGUACCAGCAAUAAAAACAUGUUGUUAGCUGGGAUGCCCACGAGCCAGAGGCUGAGCUGCACUGUGUUUGAACACUGAUUCAACGUUUGGCUAGAACACAAGGCAGCUAUGCUAAGGAAAUGUAUUUUUUUUCCCCCUCUCAAACAUUAUAGCCUUUGUAUUAUUACUUUUUUCUCAUCCAAUGAAAAUGACAAGAAGUAGGAAAGUUGGCGGAUCGAAUUUGCAAUUUUACAAUAAGGAGGUCAUAUUUUCAAAUCACAAUCUUCCAAGAGUUGUCAAUAGUAAUGUACUGUAAAUAUAAAAUAUUUGUUAAACAUUGAUUUUUUUUUUCUUCAAACAUUACAAAUUUGUUAUAUUUCCCACAAAAUUAUGCACUUUUUUCUUUAUUCAAAUUUUAUUCUCGUAGUAUUACAAGCUGUUUCUAUUCCGAUAGAAAUGACAAGAAGUCGCAUACAUAUGGAAUAGUCUGAAUUUCAUGAGACCAAAAGUUUUAUUUUUCAAGUCACAAUCUUCCGAGAGUUGUCAAUAGUAAUGUAAACGUCCUAAGAAUUUUUAUUUUUUUUAAAAUGUUGAUUUUUAACAAAUAUUACAAAUUUGUCAAAUUCACCAAACUAUAGCUUUUUACGUUGAACCUUCAAAUUUGAUUUUCGUAGUAUUACGACAUUUUUCUCAUCCAAUUAAAAACUGCCGAAAAGUCGUAAAGGUCAGAGAAGAAAGUUGUAUUUUUGAAGUCAGAAUCUUACGAGAGCUGUCAAUAGUGUAAAUAAUAUGAAAAGAAUAAAAAAAUGUGUUUAACAAUUGUUACCAAUUUGUUCUUGGAAAAGUACAACUUUUCUCAUAAAACUAUGCUUUUUGAAAAUACAGAUUUAUUUUCUGAUUUGAUUCUUUUAGUAUUUUUCAUUUUAAUAUUUUUCCUCAUCCAGUAAAAACUGAUAGGAAGUCCUAAAGUUAAAAGAAUAAAGUCAUUAUUUUCAAGUUGUAAUGUACGAAAUAUUUGUUAAGGGGCCCGAGGCUGAGCUGCACUGUGUUUGUUUACCGAGUCGACUUGUGGCUAAAAUGUGAGAAAGUUGCACUUCCUGGACCUUGCGCAUUAUGUUCCGUACCGAAAAAAAAUCCCGUACCGUUACACCCCUCGUCUCUACAGUUGUCGCACCACUUGAGUCAACAUUUUUUUUGUGUCCGUUUUUGCGUCCUUGUCACUGUGUCUGCUGCCAGUCAAAGCAUGAGGGAAAGGGUAAAACUGUGCUUUUUUUUGUUGUCCUUUAUGGCAAAUGAGAAGAAUUUCUCCCCUACGGAAGUUCAAAAUGGUCACACUUUAUAUUUCACUUACACAGGGAAAACAAGGUGAAUUUCCUUUUCGGAUUUCCAUAAAUUCUCUGUCCUUUUUUUUCCGGUGAGAGAUAGACGGAACCUUAUGUCAGUAUUUUAUAUCGUAUUUAACGUGUACAGUAAUCAAAAUGGUUGCCGUCUCCUUUAAGAGUCAUUAAAAACAUUUAGAAAUGUAACAAACUCAGUAUUUGAUGGGUUUUGGGGUUGCAUUUGUUUUUGUAUUCCACCACACUGUCUCUAAUGCACAGCUCUCUGAUUGAUUGGAAAAAACGCAACAAAACACACUUGGAGAACGUUAUCUCGUUUUGACUGUGUGUGUAUGUAUGCCUGUGCGUGUAUGUGUGUUCAAAUUGUGCUGGGACAUUUCACGGUUGCUUUUUCGGGAACAUUUGUGGCUUUUUUGUGGGGAUGUUCUCACAAUGUUGCAUCAGAUUUUUGAAAUAAUACACUGUAUCGUUGCUAAGCUAAUAGUCUAAUUUAAUAACCAUGAUGUCAAUAACAUAUUAAUGCAUAUGUAUAUUGAUGAAAAGAGGGAUGCUAGAACAAACAAUACAAGGAAGUUCCAAAAAUUGCACCAAAAGUUCAACAUUACUGUUGGUGGUGAUGUUUUGGAUCAUUUCAAACAUAAUACAUGUUGUGUAUUUCUGGUCUGUCAACCAUUAAAGGAAUACCCCAUUA